UGUGUUUGUACCGAUAAGGGCCGAUGUUUGUGUGACCGGCGCGUUUGUGUGUGUUUUUCGGUGUGAAGUUGAUGUGCGCAGCCAGGCCACUGUUUGUGGUGGGUUUGGGCGAGAAAGGUGCGUUGUUUAUGUGCACCACUAGUGCAACUGGCCGAGCAGCGCAAGCGAGAGUGCCACGAAAGAGCGAGAAAGAGGGAUGCUAAAGUUCCAGCUUGCCGAACUUGCGGUGCGAUUUCUCGUGCGUAGUGUUGGUGCUUGAUCCAGUUUUGUUCCGUUCUCUUCGCGAUCCGUAAAACGUGUGUUGUACGCCGGACAAGUCUUUGGCAAGAGGAGAAAAGAAGAGUUGAUAAAAAAAAACCGGGAAGUUGAUAACGAACCGGGACGUGCCGACGCAGCUAGCGGCGUGGGUGAGUGGUACAGCGAAAGUGCAAAGUGUGUGCGUGUGUGUGCUGGUGUGCGUGUGGCGCCUAAGUGUGAGAUAAGAAAGUUCUCGCUCGCGGUGGGAAAAACGCUCUACCUACCCCCCACACCUUCAAGCGAAGACGGAGAGGAGGACAAUUUUUCCAGCCACCGAAGACUAGACGCGUGGCCGCACGAUUGUCUACAUUCAGGGGCUGCCCGGGUGCUUUCGAAAGAGACAGCAACACAAACAACAGCAGCACUAUGACAACCAACAUGUACCGGGUCGGAGACUAUGUCUACGUGGAGACAUCGUCGACGACACCGUUCCAGAUUCGGCGCAUCGACGAACUCAACAAGACACCGACCGGAAACGUUGAGGCGAAAGUCAUGUGCUUCUACAGGCGAAGGGAUCUUCCGACACCGCUCGUGCAAUUAGCCGAUAAGCACCAGAUGGCCACCUCCGAGGACUCGCCGGCGGCGAUGAAGCUAAAGAAGAUGUGGCUCAAGACGCCGGUCAGCGAAGAGCAAGCGGCCCAGGCGGUCCUGGACCCUGCCCUAGUCGCACUAGAGGAGGAACGAAACAACAGUACCAACAGUGGUGGAGGCGGUGGUGGUGGUGGCGAGCGAGGAGAACACCUCAACCCCAAGCAGCGCCAUCAGAUGAAGCAGCGGGAGCUGUUCCUGUCGCGGCAAGUCGAAACCCUCCCCGCCACCCAGAUACGGGGCAAGUGCUCCGUAACGUUGCUGAACGAGGAGGAAUCGUUGCUCAGUUACUUGAACAAAGACGACACGUUCUUCUACUGCCUGGUGUUCGAUCCGACGCAAAAAACGCUACUGGCGGAUAAGGGCGAGAUCCGAGUCGGUGCCCGCUACCAGACGGAUCUGCAGCAGAUGCUGAAACCGGGCGACAAGGACGAUCGCAACCUGGAGGAGCUGGAAACGCUCGUCUGGACACCGCAGCACUCGCUGACGGACAAGAAGAUCGACCAGUUUCUGGUUGUGUCGCGAUCGGUCGGUACCUUUGCGCGGGCCCUCGAUUGUACCAGCUCCGUGAAGCAACCGUCCCUGCACAUGUCUGCAGCCGCCGCCAGCCGUGAUAUUACCUUAUUUCAUGCUAUGGAUACGCUCCAUAAACACAACUAUUCGAUAGAGACUGCAAUGUGUUCGCUGGUCCCGUCGAGCGGGCCCGUCCUGUGCCGGGACGAGAUGGAAGAGUGGAGCGCCUCCGAGGCGAAUCUGUUCGAGGACGCGCUCGAAAAGUACGGCAAGGACUUCAACGAUAUCAGAAACGACUUUCUUCCGUGGAAAACGCUGAAGAGCAUAGUGGAGUACUACUACAUGUGGAAAACGACCGAUCGGUACGUGCAGCAGAAGCGCGUGAAGGCGGUCGAGGCGGAAUCCAAGCUGAAGCAGGUCUACAUUCCGAACUACACCAAACCGAGCCCCGCCUUGAUCACGAACAACAACAAGGGCAUCCUGAACGGGAACUCCAACGGGGGCAGCGUCGACAUGAUGAUGUACAGUAGCAGCAAGGCGUGUGAAUCGUGUGCCACUAUGGCUUCGCCGCAGUGGUACUCCUGGGGUCCGGUACACCUUAGCAAUCGGCUGUGUCAGAACUGUUGGAACUACUGGAAGCGUUACGGAGGCCUUAAAGUUGCAUCCAGGCUAGCGGACAACGGCGAGACCGAUCCGACGGCGGCGGCAGCCACGAUCAACAACAGCAGCAGCAACGCGUCACCGGUUUCGCUGAAGAAACGAAGCGCGGGCAGUGAUAUCGACGACGAUCUGACGAUCGUAGCCAGUUCCGGUCCGAUCGGGGCACUUACUGGCGGGGCUACACCCGCCGCUCCUACCGCUGCCGCUGGUUCUCCGGGGGGGAUGAGCAAUCAUCGACCACACAGCCCGUCGUACAAGUGCUCGAUCGUGAACUGCGGCAAGGAGUUUAAGCUGAAGGCGCACCUGGCCAGGCACUACGCGCAAGCGCACGGUAUCCAGAUACGGUCCGGUUCCCCGCGGCCCAUCAUGAAAACUCGUACCGCAUUUUAUCUGCACGCCAACCUUAAAGCCCGGUUGUCACGGCGCUUGUGCAGGCACAUCAUCCGUUCGAAAAAGGCCGCCCGCCAACCGUCGUACGCGAUUAACAUCAUCAGUGUGAAGCAGGAGUUUGCUCUCGCCGAAACCGGAAAGAGCAUAUCGGAGAUCCGGCGGUUGCUCGCGUUCCGGAAGAAGGAUCGCGGUAGCGUAACGCAGAUCGCAAACCGACUCGGUAACCCGGGUGUCACCGUGAACGAGUGGUUGGUACUGACGCCGAAGGAAAACAUGCCAAAGCCGGACGUGGUGGCAUUCCCGAAGCCACCGAAAGCACCGGACGGCACGUUGCUGUACGAGCGGAUACCAAAUAAGGGCGAGGAACCGGGCAAACCACUGAAUGCGGUCACCGCGGGGACGACAUCCGUGCUUGGCGGCACGGCAAGUCUGCCAGCAACGGUCGGUGGUGCGCUCAGUGGCAAGCUUGCGCCGUUGGUCGGUUCCGGUGGUCUGGCCGUAACACCCAUCGUCCUGGGUGGAAAUAAUAGUAGUUCGGCCGCUUCCAGCUGCUCACUGGGGAGCAGUGGUGGUGGUGUUGGAUCAACUCCGGGCAGUGCCGCUAGCAGUAGCGUCCCAUCGGUUAGUCUACACGCAACUAGCCUCACGAACAAUAGCUCCUCCGGUGGCCCAGGUUCCGGUGGUAUCUCUUCUUCUACCGGAGCCACUUCAUUAAAGCGCCGACCGUACGAGGAUUCAAAUGGAGUUGAUGCUACUGCAGCUCCACCAGCGAAGCGACCGAACAAGGACCCAAGGCCCUCGCAUCGGCCUACCCCGGAGCAGUAUGCAGCAAUGAUUGCGGCGGCUCAAUCGGCAGGACAACCUCUUCCACGGCAUCAUAUGAAUGGUAAACCAAAAAUUGCCCAAAUGGCUCGCACUGGAUCCGGUCGAAAGCAGGUGAUCAGCUGGAACGAUGCUCCAGAUGAUGUGUUCUACCGUUCCACCAAAGCCGGCCGUAAAUUACGGCGGGAGAUUCCAAUCGUAGAGCUGCGCCGUGCGGCACGAAAACCAUGGCGAAACUUACAUCCCAAGUACUCGGCGAUCGUGGCCGCGUUGAUGCCGGUAACCACUCCGAACCCGACCAGCCUGCCAGCACAGCUGACCGCUCAGUUAGGCCACGCGGCACAGCUAGCCGUGGCGAAUGCCGCGCAAAAUCCCACCUUGGCGAACCUUAAUCUCAAUAUUAACGCAACGGCGGCCGCCGCAGCAGCAGCAGCAGCACUCGCCGGUGUUCAUCCACUGGCCGCGGCAUCUUCGUUGGCUCUUAGCGGGACGCUUGGAGGCACAGGAGGGGGCCCCGGUUUGUCCCCGGUCGGAGGAGUUCCUCCGGGUGGUGGCUCGUCGGCAGCAUCCUUAGCAUCGUCCGCACUGUCGAAUAGCAGCAACACCAACAACACCGGCACCAGCAACAACGUUAGCAACAGCAGUAGUAGCGGUGGUGGUGGUGGUAGCGGUGGUGGAGGUAUGUCCGCCUCCGACAGCAAUAACAGUGAUCUACAGGUUGUAAUCCUAGACUGA